UCGACGUCGACUUACUCCGCUUUCCUCGCUGCUUCCGGCACACGCAAGCUUACCUCACCCCAGUGCUUGCCACACACCUCGCCAACGACCAUCUUCCACUACAGCUACUCCAUGUGCCUCUUCGCCAGCAUCUCCUCAUUCAGGCCUACCAACCACCACUCAUUCCCCGCCGUCGCAUCCAUCGUCCGCACGAUGGCUGCAUAGACGCCCCGCGGGUCACGCGAGCAUGAUGGCCUCCUUCACGGAUACCAUUGACGUACCACAACACUGAGCGGAUAGUGCUGCAGUGAAAACGAGCAACACUACUACCCAUACGAACGUCCUCUGCGAACACUUCCACAGCAAGCAUGCCAAAGGCACGCAAAUCAGCGUCAGGCGCCACGAGUGUGGUCUCCUCGGCCAUGUCCUCGCGUCUUCCGUCCAGAGCGGCUUCGCCAUCUGCUCCACGGCAGCGAUUCCGGUUCUUCGAUCUACCUGCGGAGCUCAGAGUGCGCAUAUAUGAGGAUCUUCUGCUAAUGCCGGAGCCGGUGGAUCUGGACCCCAUGAACUAUCGCGUGAUCCACCCUCGCCUCGCCCUAUUCCUCGUCAGUCGCCGAAUGCACGAAGAAGCCUACCGAGUCUUCUACGCCCAGCCACUCCGCCUCUUCCCAUUCCACGGUCGAUUCUUCGAGACGAAGAAGCCAUUGCUUACACGUCUGCCCGCGAGGUACAGACAAGUCGUCAAUACGAUCGAGCUGCGACUCGGGCCAGGAUGGAGUCGGCCUCCAAAAUGUCAAAAUGUGAAGCCUGCACUGGGUCUGAUGGACUGCACGAACCUUCGUAACAUGAAGAUACUGGUCCAGACAGAUCCGAGCGACACCGUGUUCAACGGCUUUCGUGGAAGAGGAGCUACGGAGGACACAUACAAGUGGUUCUGCAUCGACCUGCUCUCGGGCAUAUUGGAGCAAGUGCCCAGUCUUGAGACCAUCGAGAUUGAUGCGUGGGUCAAGAAGGACAUGCCCCUUGUUACGGCUCUCAGACGAAAGGUCGAGGAGGCCAACAAGCGACUUGUUUGGGGAAGGUGCUUGAGGGAAAGAGAGGCCAGCGAAGGCUCUGCGGAACGUGUGGCAUUGGAUGGGGCUUUGGCGUCUCUGAGUAUCUCGAAUGAAGCUCCUAGGCUAGUCCAUGUGCAUGCCUGA